CCGCCUUGAUCCUCAAAAGCCCUGCAACAUCGAGAGAGCGCCUUCUUUCCCCAUAACCGAAAAUAGGAAAAGCCCCCAGAGAGGGAGAGAGAGAGAGGGGGAGAGAGAUGGCAGAUCUCGUGAUCAAGUACGAGAGAAUUGCAACGGAGCCUGCUCCUCCCACGCCCUGCAAAAGUACGUCCAAGAGAGCCAUGUCACUCGUCGCCUCCGAAGAACCGCCGGGGCCGCCUCCUUCGGCUCCCGCCGUCGCCACCGGCCCCCCUAUCUCCGCUUCGCCGGAGGGACCGCCGCCGCCCGGUCGCGGCGACCGCCCCUCCUGCUGCCGGUGCGGCCAGCUCCCCUCCGCCGUCAAAUCCAGGGGAAACUCGAACAAGAGGAAGCGAUCAUCAGGUUCAGAGGCCGAGAAUUUGAAAAUUGAAAGCGAGGACAAGACGUGCGCCGACGGCAACCUCAGCAGAGAAACUCCAGCGUCGCUGGAUGCCCGCAGAAGACAACCGGAGACGCAACCUCCGCCGGCACCCGGCGCCGACGCGGCGAAGGUGAAGUCGACACGCGCGGCGGAGAUCGAGGCCUAUUUGUCCGCCGCGGAGAGGGAGCAGCAGAGGCGGUUCGCGGAGAGGUACAAUUACGACGUCGUCAACGACGCGCCGCUCGAAGGUCGUUACGAGUGGAUCCCCCUCAACGUGGGUGCGGUGGAGGAGACGCUAAAGUGACUGGCGAUGGUACGAAAUUAGAGAACGGCGAAGGAAACUCGCCACGCGAUCGCUUCCUCCCUACCCUGGUAAAGGAUGUACAGUCUUUCUUUUCGUGCUUCAUGGAAGAUGUCCCAAGUUGUUUUUCGUUUCAGUACAUAGAUCGACACGUACCAAAACGAAACCAACGGAUGAUGCCUUUCGUUACUAACAUCCACACGAUACCGAUGUUCUGGCUUCUUUGACACUGCGUCUUUUUUUCUGGAAAUGUUAUACUUCGGAUUCGUCUCU